AUGCUGAGCAGAAUUUUCUUCGCCUGCAUUUUUCUCUGUCUGUUCUGCGCAUGCUCCACGCUCAGCUGCAGGUGGAUGGAGCAUAAAUUCAGACAGUACAGCACAAACUCAUUAACUCUGCUGGAUAUGAUGGCUUACAAUUACGUGAAUCAGGACUCCGAGAUGAACAUUGCGCCAUUCCCCUAUCCUCUCUACCACCAGGCUUCAGGAGCAUCGGCGGAGGGUAAACUUGCCUUCACUGUCCAGGUUUUGAAGGAGGUUUCUGCCCUGUUUGAGGAAGAUGACAGCUCUUCAUCAUGGCAGGAGGUGACAAUGGAGCACUUCCUCAAUGUUGUCAACAAACAGGCAGAUGAACUGCAGCUCUGCGCUGGAAACCCAAGAAGGACAAACAGGAGGCUGCACAUGUACUUCAAGAGACUCUCAAAAAGCGUGUUUGGCCAGAUGGGCCACAGUGCUGAAGCCUGGGAGUUGAUCCGGAGGGAAAUCAAACUCCAUCUAAUCAGAGCGGACCAUCUGGUUUCUUCUCUGUUCAUCUCUAACUGA